GCAAAUUUCACGUGACCCGGAAGUAGAAGCGAUGUUUACGCCGUUCGCGCAGUUGUUCGGGUGACGUCGUGAGCGUACAGAAAAGCAGCCUUGUAAGGAACCAGACUCAACCAUGUCUUACAACCAGGCCAGCGCCCCCCCUCCUUCCUACAACCAGGCUACCGGUCAACCACCCCCUGCUCAGGGCAUGCCCAUGCCGACCCCCCAGAUGCCCCAAGCAGGGGGGUACCCAGCAGGAGCGCCCCCUCCCCAAGCAGGGGGGUACCCAGCAGGAGCACCCCCUCCCAUGGCAGGGGGGUACCCGGGUGCAGCACCCCCCCAGCAGCAGUCUGUGUUCAGACUGUCGUACGUAGACUUCAUGCCGAGCCAGAUCGCAGGAACAGGCAGUACAGGCCUCCUCAGCUUCUCCUACCCACAGUUUGAGAGAUUCGAUGUCCUGGUAACCCGAGCCAACCAGUGGAUCCAACAGAACCCCACCAUGGAGGUCAAGACGUGCGAGAGUCUGGAGGUCAAGUACGAGUACCACUUGGGGGGUUCCGGAGCGGUCGUGAACCCUGACCAGUCGCUGUUCUACGAUCAUGGCAAAGGCAGGAACUGUUACGUCCGUGGUCUCAGGUUGUGGUUUGGGCAGAAGAUGAACCCAUCGGCCCCCCCGCAGCAGAUUCGCUACAUCAACUACGUCCCGGGAUGUAUCCAGGCACCGUCCUUGUUCGGAUAUCCGCAGUUCGAGUCCUUCGGAGAAACGGUCAACAGAAUCAACAUGAUGAUGAGGCAGAACCCACUGCCAGGAAAGAUCCUGACAGUGGAGACCCAGGACGUGAAGGUCCGCGGGGCGUGGUCCACGACAACCAUCGACCCGGACAAGUCCUUCUGGUCCGAGGAUGCCAACUACAGGAAACUCUUUCUCUUCAUCAUCCGUGUCUUCUACGUCGAGGGACCGCCGGCGUAUGAGGAGAUAGGCUCAGGCGACUUUGUGCCGGGAUGUGUUCACAUGCCGUCGGGUAUUUUCGACUGGCCGCAGUUCGAGCCGUACAGCCAGGUGGCCGCCAGGGCGUGUGCCUGGGCCAACGGGAGCUUGCAGGGCUGCCGACUCGCCAACGCGCAGACGCUGCACAUCAAAAUCAGCAGGAAGGGGUGGUCAGGUCAGAUGGCCAUUGACAGUCAGAAGUCUUCGUUCGUCGACUCGGGCAACAUGACGACCAUGUACGUGCGCAUCAUGCGCCUCAUCUUCCUGAAGCCGCUCCAGGGCUCCGUCGCGCCGCCGCGCCCGAUACAGCUCAGCGUCAAGACGUUCGUUCCCGCGCAGAUCUCGCAGGGAGGCAUGUUGAGCUUCCCGCAGUUUGAAACCGUCGGGCAGACGAUGCAGCGGGCGCUGGCCUGGCUUAACGCUGCAGGUGCUAGCGUCAUCUUUGCAGAGACAGUCCCCAUCAAGAUAAUGAGCUCGUGGUCCAACCGACCCCCUGCGGCUUAUGCGGAAGAAUCCAUGGCGUACGAUUCCGCUAACCACGGCGAGAUCUACCUGUACAUACUGAGGAUCUACCUGGACGGAAUGUACCAAGAGCCGCCGCCUCAAAUGCUCCCCCCUAUGCCCCAAGUGGCACCGUCCAAAGGGGCAGACUGUACCAUUCAGUGAUAGGUAGCAGUGAAGGUUAGGUAGAACGUUAUCUCACACAAAAAAGCUGACUAACUGAAUCUAACCUCUAAAGAGGCAAACAUUUCAGGUAGCACUCAAGACAAGUGUGCCUAAAUCUGAAUAUAAAUUGAUCAUGAUACAACCAUGUAUGUGGUUAUUGCACGUCUAGAUCUUCACAUCCAUGUAGCCCCUUUAUUAAUUACCUACACAUCUAAAAAUCAGACUUUUCAGAGAAUAUUUUUUGACUUCAGAAAGUUAACAUUUUUUAACAUGAGUUUGGACAUGAGACUUUUUGAAACAAAAUGUAGAAAAGCAUCCUAAAUGUAAAAUGUUAUCUGACCUAAGGAAAGAGAGUGAAUUAUAUUCUACAGGAGUAGAACAAAAAAGUCAGCUUUAAGCAAAAAAGGACCAUUUUGCCUUUAAGGUAUUUAUAUAGUUUCUUGUACAUUUACUCUACACUUAGAAUAGUAUUAGAUGCAAGCAUUCGUAGUCAGAGUGGUUCGAUCCCAGCAAGGUCCUCCCAAAGACCAUAAAAGUGGCACAUAUAUAUACUGCUUCCUCAGUUUAGCAUUGGGGCCGAUUGAAAUAGCUGAUAAUGCUUUUAAGAAAAGGGCGUGCAGACCCUCCUAAAUGCACUGGUGAGAUGUAGUUACCCACAUGAUUUCAUUCCAUAAAAUGGUUCAAGGACACCAGAGUAUAGUGACGUACUGUCGUCCUUGGGAAAAUUAACUGGGGAGAAGUCAUGAAUUAUGCAAGAACCUUUUUAUUGCUUUUAGUAUUUAAGAUAUAACCUGCUGCAAGCUGCUACAUUUUGUACUAGUCAAGGGAACAAUGUCUUCUUUGUUUCACAACCUUCUUUUAAUUCUUCCGUAGACGUUUCGGUGACCAUCUGUCACCUUCAUCAGUACAGAUUGAAACAACUAACGUUCGAAACAUUGCUACCAUGUUGAUUUUAAUAAAGUUUGAAGUAUAUACAUAUACUUGUAUUUUAUACAUGUAUAAUCAUUGUACUAGUCAAGGAGUUGUUGACCUUAGACACUGGCAUUUCGUACAUACUUCCAUUCCAAAUGUUCUCUCUGUUAGCCUAUUAGAUAAAGAUGUAUGUCUUAAAUGUAUACAAACAUUGUCUAAUACUAGAACUACUGUAACAUAAGUAUCUAUUUAAGACUGUCAUGUGUGUUACUGUAAAUGCAUUUAAGUUCGCGGGGAUGUAAUUUUGCGGUAGAGGGAAAAAUGAAUGUUCGCAGUGGUUUUAAGUUCACGAUAUCACCAUGCACUGUAGUCUCUU